AUGGGCGUGCAAGGCCUUGGAAAAUACUUACGAGAUAAUCGUCGCGCACUGGCCAAAACCAUCAGUGUGCCCCAGAAAGAUGCUCCCCCGACCUUGGUUAUUGACGGCUGGUCAUUCAUAUACGCCCUGUAUUUCGACUCGCGGCUGCCCUGGGUGUAUGGCGGCGAGUAUGCAGAGUUCUCGGAACUAGUAAAGCGAGUCGUCAAAGCGUGGAUCAGCAUUGGCCUCAGAGUGCACUUCGUGUUCGAUGGUGCAUACCCGCGACUAAAGCUCCUAACUGGUCGUUUACGUAUGGAGGAAUCGAUCAUCAAGCCUUCCCUGUUGUAUUUCAGGACCUCGCCAACCUCCCGAGUGCAACCAAGGAUCAUUCCGCCUUUGAUCUAUUCCAACACGGUACAGGCACUCAAACAAGUCGAUGCACCCAACGACAAUCUCCAGCUUCACUUCGCCGACGAGGAGGGCGACCCAUACGCAGUAGAGCUCGCCGGUCGUCUAGGAGGCUAUGUCGUCGGCAAUGAUUCUGAUUUCAUUAUCCUCAACGCGGAGGGUUACCUUGGCUAUAUCCCCCUCGACGAGAUGGUCUGGUCGUCCGUGGAGACCCCAGAUGAUGCCCCAGAGGUGGACGAUUUUGGCUUUACUCCAGCGAAACCCAAGCGCAAGAAGCCCGAAGCAAGGUUGGACCGCGGAUUGAUUCCUCCUGACGGCGACGAGCUGAAUUUAUGCCUCUCCAUGACAGCCUACAACCCCUCGGCCUUCUCUUCACAUCUCCGUGUCCCUGCCUCCUUGUUCCCCCUCCUCGGCGCGUUGGUAGGAAACGACUACACCAAGCAUUCACCGCUCCCGCAACAAAACAUACAGCAGCUCUUCUUCGAUCGAACAACAACAUCCGAACAACGCAUCGAACGCGUAGCGACUGCACUUCGUUCCAUUGUCACUGCCUCGACAAAUAGAAAACAAAAACCCAUGCGCCAGAUUGGAAGCGUGAUGGACCUCAUUGACCGCGCAGUGAAAUCAUUGCUCCUCCGAGCGUCAUCCAUGGGUUCCGCAGAGAUAGAUUCUGUUAUCGACCGCGUGGUGGACUCCACGCUGCAGUACGCCAUCCCCAAGCACGAGGGCUCACAGGGGCUAGAGGGGUUGUGGGCAACUGAUUUCUGCGCCCUACACCCCCCAGAUAUAUGCCCUUUGCUACCAAUGAUCUCACGCAACGUUAUAGCAUUAGCCGAGAUCUCUGAUGCUCAGAAUGGAGAAACGCAGGAAAUGCAACGGACGAAUCAAGUUCGUGCUGCGUAUCUCGAUGCCUAUAGGGAAGGGGUCCUCUCCCCGCGAAUCAUGGACGUACUGAACACGGCGACUUACUGGCCUCGCUUACCUCUCGAGCACCCAGAUAUAGAGACAGUAGCUGUAUCCAUUGGCCGCGCUAUCAGGUCCUGGGGUUACUCGAUACUUGACGAUGCGGUGGGCAUCGAAGCUCAGUCGGAUCCUGCCGAAAAUGACUCGUCUUCGAAUGGCGAACUGGACGAGAUGAGCGAAGAGUCGGACGAAGACGAGUUAAUUGAUGUUAUGGAAGAAGACUCGGAUGAUGAAGAGUAUGCCGCCUCGUCGCGCGUAGAUCCGCUGGCACCUCUUAAAGGCGCGCUACGACAACUGCACGCCCCCGAAGCGUCGAACAUCGGUACACUAGGAGCCCAACAUGGCUCCUCUUCAAUAAAGGAGGCACUACAGCCCGCACGACCGAAGGUAGUCAUCGAGCAUGUGCGGCGAGGAACGCAUAUAGCGGAGGACCCGGUGGAAGUACUUCCCCUCUCAGACCUUGCUGAUAUUUUUGGUGUAAACUUCGCCGACAAAGCAGGACUCCCGCUCCCGCUGUGGCCUGAAGAGGACCGGCUAGCUAUGCUCUUCCAUGCGCUGAAAUCCCACCAUCCCCAGAUCACCGGCCUUGCCCCCGAUGCUCUCCUCCCUGUAUUGGCAGUUCGGUGGGUCAUAAUAACUCUGCACGCCCGAGCACUGGAGGCUCCCAGCAUUCAUAGACAAGGAGAACAAUGGACGCGUCAAGAGGCCAAGUCUGUUUUGGCCGCAUUGCUUGCCCCAUCGAGUCAUUCAGACUCGAACAAUGAGCCACCGGUCGUUAUUGACAGACAUAUCCAAAUGGUCGCACAGGUGUCGAUAGCCCUCGAAAGCAUAUCGCAUUUCGCACAGAUCUUGCUAUUGCCUCAGUACCUCCCCAUGACAGCCCUUAAUUAUUCUGGCCGUCAGAUCCACUCUCAUCUUACGGCCAACCAAUCUUCACUAUUGCCAGUAGCGAUAUGGCAUGCUUGCGAGGCAGGGCUAGAAGGUUCAUUUGCUGAAGAGCGACGGUCUAAGUCGAGGAAGUCGAAGAGAAGGGUGGAGGCACAAACACAGAUCAAAGCCACUCCAUCAACUGCCAGUGGCUUGUUUGCAUUGUUAGUCGAAGCCAACGCAUAG